AUGGGCUCUGCAGAGGCAGAAGUGAAGAUUCCGACUAAAAUGAGGGAGUUUGCUUAUGGAACAGGAACAUCCCAAGAAGACUGCCCAGCUCCUAACAUCCCAGCAGCCAUGUUUGCUGUCCAGUAUGUGUCCAGUAGACGUGCCAUCACUCAGGGCACCACAGAGCAAGGCAGCUUCCACCAGCACCACCUCCCCCAUAACCACUGCCACCACCGCCACCACUGCCACCUGCACCCCCACGCCCGCCUCCACCACCUCCACCACCAGGAGGCAGAGCUGCACACCACCCAGGUGACACCCUGCAUUUGCCCCCUGUUCUCCUGCCAGUGGGAAGGCCACCUGGAGGUGGUGGUGCCCCACCUGCGGCAGACCCACAGGGUUGACAUCCUGCAGGGAGCAGAGAUUGUCUUCCUGGCCACAGACAUGCAUCUCCCCGCACCGGCUGACUGGAUCAUCAUGCACUCCUGCCUUGGCCACCACUUCCUGCUGGUGCUCAGGAAACAAGAGAGGCACGAAGGGCACCCCCAGUUCUUUGCCACCAUGAUGCUGAUCGGGACCCCCACCCAGGCUGACUGCUUCACCUAUCGCCUGGAGCUCAACAGAAACCACCGGCGUCUCAAAUGGGAGGCCACCCCUCGGUCUGUCCUGGAGUGCGUGGACUCAGUCAUCACUGAUGGGGACUGCCUCGUCCUCAACACUUCACUGGCCCAGCUCUUCUCUGACAACGGUAGCCUGGCCAUCGGAAUUGCCAUCACUGCAACAGAGAUCCCCUCCACAGAAGCCGAGAUGUGAGGCCAGGAACC